AUGGCAACCGACCCAUGGGCUCUGCCGGUGCAGCAAUACGCAACCCAUUUUUGCCUCAUUUGCGCUCCGGCCCAAAAGCUAGACAAAUCUUCAUUCACACAGAUGGACCCCGAGCACGAUCUCGAAUCCAUCGGCAAACACUGCCAAUUCGACUACUGCAAUCAACUUGACUUCCUCCCUUUUCGCUGUGAAUCUUGCAAGGGAACAUUCUGUCUCGACCACCGGACGGAAACUGCACAUAAAUGUCCACACGCCGGCGAAUGGGCCGCUGCUCGACAAAAACGCUCUAUCGGAACCAGCAAUACCAGCAGCCUUAUAUCAUCCCUACCCACAACUAAACCCACCGUUUACACCUCCUCACAAUGUUCUCACCCGUCGUGCAAAACCCUCAUCCACACUUUGCAGAACACCGGCGUCCACUGCAAUGAGUGCAACCGCCAAUACUGUCUCAAGCAUCGUCUGCGUGAGGACCAUGACUGCUCGAAACUUACCCCGAUAGGCGCAAGGCUUGCAGGACAAGGCCUGUCGCAGGCUGAAAAGGCACGCUUGGCCUUCUCCCGUCUGCGGAUAUGGGGGAAGGAGAAGUCUUCGAACGUUGCAGCAAACUUAACCCCAAAGCCGAAGCCAAACAGCGCCGCUGCGCGCAUGGCAAGGCUGGCAGAUCUGAAGAAGAAAGCAAAGGCCAAGUUCCCGACGGGCGACUUCUACUUCGACCCCGCUUGGAGUGUGGGGAAAGUUCUGGACGAUGCGGCGCGGAGAUUGCAAGUACAGAAUGUGAAUAAUCGGGCUAAGGGCGAGGCGGAGAGGUUGCGUAUCUUCCAUGUUGAAGGGGGGAAGCUCCUGGAUUUUUCUGAGAAGAUUGGCUUUACGGGUGGUAUUUCACAGGGAGAUACGAUAGUAUUGCUUCGUGGUGUGGGUCCGCCACCUGAUCUUGUAGAUCGAUGA